AUGAAAACAACGAAAACUUUUCUCUACGCUACACUCGAUAUGAUCCUUCGUUACAUUGCAGAAAUGAACGAACAUGAUUCGCCUGUUAUCAAAAAUGGUCUUCGUACGCCCGAUGAAUACCGACAAAUGUUUGCAUUCGAAAUCGAUGAUAACGGUAUUGAUCUGUAUGAUAUUCUUGCCAACUGCGAACGUGUUCUU